GUGUUCGCACGGGUUUGGCGCUUAUGGAAGGCAUGCAGGAGAUGGUGUCGGAAUGGCAGAGGGAAGACGAAACGACAGUGCCAGAGCCGAUAGACAGAGCCCUGGACGCGCUGAACUAUUUCCUGAAGCUGAUGGGGGGCAACAGCGAGCACAACCAGAGCUACGAGGCACGCAACAGCAAGAACAGGAACCCGAACGAGGACAAGGAGUUUUGCGAGGAGGGGUUCGGUAAGAUCCAGAUCGGCAUCAACGAAGCCCCCAACUUCAGAGCAGUUCCCCCGAACAACGCGAGGGAAGACACCUGGGCGAAGCUGGGCCAGUUCGCGGGCCACAACCCGAGGAUAGCGAUGGUUACGCUGAUCGUCCACGUGGGAGGCAAGUCCCUGUCGGCGGCGCCCACGUCGGAGUUGGA